CCCAUGCCCAAACAACCUCAUCUCCUCCUGCUUGAUGCUCCUAAUACCGACGCGCCACUCACUCGGAAAGUCCAAACACAACACAACAUAACAAGCUUUAACUUCGCUGCUAAAGCAUAACCUCCCCUCAUCUUAUUCAUGCAAAACCAUAAAGCCUCCGUCUGUUGACAAAUUUAAUUCAGUGGAUAUAACAGACCAGAAUCAAGCUCAAGGUCCAACCACCCGCGCCGCCAUUAGAUCGACACGACGACCGUUAUCCCGUGCUUCAACAGCUUCACUCAACAGCUUAGAGCAGCCUGCCUUUGCCGACGCUUCAGACAUGUACAGCGGGCAAUGGAUACCGGCCCAGCAUGGACAGGUUCAUCCAAAUGGUCAAGUGCACCCAAAUGCACACGUCCACGGUCAUGCCCAGGUUAAGGACAUGAACACGCCUCAAAUGUCAGCAGAGGAUAUUAUGAUGGCUCAGCAGCUCCAAGCGAGCCAGGAGUACUCGAUGGAUGCUUCGAUGAGUGCACCAAUGGGUCACCAGAUGCAAUACCAACAACCAAAACACCCCAUGCAACGGCACCCGUUACCCGCUGAACAGUAUAACAGCCAUGCCAGUUUCACCGAGGGAGAUAGCCAAAUGAUGGAGAGGGACGAUAAUGAUGAGAAUUCCUUUGCUGGAAUGAUUGGAGCCCCAAAGCCCGCGUCCAAUAGAUCGAGUGCAAACAACGAGAUUGAAAUGAGAGCUCUAUUCAAAGCCAACGAGCAUCGCAGCCUUCCUGACGUGGCCAGCGAGCUUCAUGGAAAUGAGCGAGGUCCAAACUCAGAGCGAACCCGACAGGUGUUUGCAAUGCUCUGGAUCCAUGGGGUUUGUGAAAGGGGUAAGGGUUCCGUUCCUCGAGGACGAGUAUACGCCAACUACGCGUCGAGAUGCGCUACCGAAAGAAUCACCGUACUUAAUCCCGCUAGCUUCGGGAAGCUUGUUAGGGUGUUGUUUCCCGGUCUAAAGACACGGCGACUCGGUGUUCGCGGAGAGUCCAAAUAUCAUUAUGUGAACUUCACACUCAAGGAGGACCAGGCCGAGGUUAGGGAGCCUUCAGUGCAGCCAACCCGCGCUCUCCCAGAACCCCCGGCCUUCACUCAAAGCUUCAACACUCUUCCUUCACAAACGACUAUCAGUUUGAGCCAAGGGGCCCUUCCGUCCCCUCAAAUUGGCAGCACUGAGGCCAACCCGGCCCCAGUAUUGCAAAAGUCCGGCUUCCAGUCACGUAGCAUAUACAACCAGCCACAGAUUGCCAACAUUGCCCACCUCAGCUCCAGCACAACAAAGACCCAGCUCGAACUCAGCUUUCGUCCCGAGUCUGAGGGGCCUGUUGACCCUGAGGAACCUCUUAUUCUUCCUAACCUCGAGCCUUACCUCCCUCAAGGCACCGACCCCGACGCUGCCAAGUCUCUAUUCGCAUUGUAUCGCGCUCACUGCACAUCACUAGUCGAUUGUAUCCGUUUCUGUAAAGAGAAGACUUUCUUCCAUCUUUAUGGUGCUUUCCAAGGGACUCUCACCAUGCCUGUGUUAAAACUAUUUGGGAACCCGGCCUUGGCUCCUUGGAUUGAGGAGUGUGAUUUCAUCCUCUACCAGCGUAUGAUGAGCAUCGUAUCUGGUUUGAAACUCCAGGUUGUUCCUAAGUAUGUGUUGGAUAUUUUUAGGUCCAUUUCGGACAGACUGGUGAUGCACAUUCGCGAGUCGUUCCAAGGCCAGCCACAGCAUGUAAUCCGUGCUAAGGAGGGACCCGCGGCACUUUUUGUUGGACUUAUCGACCGCGCGUUGAGAGUCAACUUGACAGCUCACGCUGCUGCUAACUUUCUGUCGUCCCGUGAGCAGCGCAAUCAGAUGUAUAUCGACUGGAUCACAACAAUUCGGCCUCGAAAAAUUGCCGAAUGUGUUCCUACUCGGGGUAUGGACGAUGUUGUGAAUCUUCUGCUUAACGAGAUUCGAGAUCUCGUUGAUCCUGCAGACGUGCCUUGGGAGGUGGAAUGCCUUACUAUAUAUGGAGAUGUUUUGUCGCGCAAAGGUCGGCCAUCUGAUAGUGAUGUCGACGGUGGCGCAGAAGCUUCCGGCGAAAAGGGCGAGUCAUAUCAGCUUGAUCGUUGGGUAACAUUCCUCAACAGUCUACCGACCAGGUUUCCUUACGCCUCAGCGAGCGACAUCAUGCUAUGCGUCGAGAGAAUUGGUACUGCUGUGAUGCGAGACCUCACCAUGAACCAGGGUAAGAGCUUCAGUUCAUGGUGGGUGACCAAAACAUGGAUAGAUGAACUGGUCUGCUUUAUGGUGGAGGAGGGAGGGUUCAUGAAGCAAAAAAGGAGCCAGACAACGUGGUCGACAACGCCCACGCCACCCCAAGCAACAAAAGAUACGAGCCGGCAACCCUCCCGAUACAGCAGCGGCAGUGACGAAUUCAACCUGAACAACUCAUCACAAAACCAAGGGGAACGUGCCCCUUUUCCCCCGGCCAACAAACCUAACCAGAAUUCGAUGGGUAUGAGUGGAGGCGAUGUCCACGACGAUAGCGGAAUCGGUAUCAGGACGCCCGAGGAAGACUUCCCCAUGGACAAGUUUGGCUUCACCGGCACAGACAACCAGGAGCAUGCCCUGUUGGAAGGGGCAGAAUUCACUGUUGAUGAGCUUUGAAGGGUUUCAAGUAAGGCCGAAAGGCCCAUGUGUGUGUCUACCUACCUGACACGGGGAUUGGCGUUCCGGGAUUGGGAUAUCGAUUAUACCCUUGGGUGAUUUAUAUUAAUACAGUUGUCAGUGUUUCCCAGAGGAGGGUCUCCUAAUUGCCAGACAUGAUGGGACGAUGGAACGACGACAUGAUGAUGGCCUGGAGGCAGAAACGGGAAGUGAAGGGCGCUGAGUUUAGCCAACUGAGCGAAGCAGGCCUAGAAGAUAGAGGAUUGGGGUUGUUUCUGUGUACACAUUAGCUGAAAGGUUUGGUUCUGGAGUUUUUUAGUAUAAAUGGUGUCGGGUUUGGCAAAGGCGCACCAUGAGAACCAUUGGGAGGGGUUGAUUUUACCACAUCGUCAAAUAUACUGUUCGUAGGCUUUUGGCUCAUUCCGUAUUAUCCCCUU